CAUGUGUGCGACAUUGUUUUGGUUCCCCCGCUUUUGGUGCCGGUGAAAAACAGUCCUCCAGACUUUCAACAUGUCAGGCUGUAAGAAGCCGCGAGCUGUAGCAAACCCUCUGGAAUCGACCAUUACAACUCCGAGUGAACGAAUACUGAAAGAAUGCCACACUUUAUAUAUCGACAACGACAACGGAUUGGUGAAAAUUGCAGAGAGUUUGGGAGUGAGGCUGUUACCGCCACGGAAAAAGAUUAUAGUUAUGAUUAUGGGAAACCAUUCUGCUGGAAAAAGCUCUUUUAUUAACUGGUAUGUGGAGGAGCACAUACAGAAGACAGGUGUUGCCAUUGAGACACAAGGCUUCACAUUUAUAACUAGUGGAAGAAAACGCGAGUCACUAACAGGAAAUGCAACAUUACACCUUUACCCACAUUUCAGACCACUGCUGGAGUUUAAAGGUGUCACGGAUUACCUGAGCGCUGAGAUUUCCACCUCCAAACAGAAAAAGUUCAGCCUGGUGACGUUUGUGGACACUCCAGGGUUGGUGGAUGGAGAUAUGGUGUACCCUUUCGAUGUCAACAAUGCCAUCACCUCUUUUGGUGAGCAGGCAGACCUCAUCUUUGUGUUUUUUGACCCGAUGGGACAGGCAUUGUGCAAGCGUACAUUGAACAUUGUUGAGAAUUUGAGUGAGAGGUGUGGAGACAAACUGCGCUUUUACCUGAGCAAAGCUGACGAGGUUGGACGAGAAACGGACAGACAGCGAGUGAUGAUGCAGAUUGUCCAAGAGCUGUGCAGGAGACCUGGACUCAACAAAUGUGGCUUCGAAAUGCCCACGAUAUACAUCCCCAACCCUCAGAAACCCAGCAGAUGCAUCAACCAGAUUGACGAGGUUUGUGAGACCAUUGAGAAGAGCAUAAACCAGGCAGUGCAAAAAACCCUUGACCAGCUGGAGAAAGACUGUAACCUGAUCAUCUCUACCAUAAACUAUAAACUGGAACAGGACCGGAUGAAUGUGAGCAGUAACAAAAGCAACCGUUUUCAUUCUUUCCUGUGUGGACUUGCGGGAAUCUUCCUUCCGUUGCUCUUCAUCCUCAGCUUCAUCAUCAGCACCUUCGCGCCAGAGGAACUGGACUCUCUUGUUGGAGAGGGACUGGCUAAAACCAUCUACUUUUCCACAGGGAUCGUUGUGUAUCUGUGGGAAUGGAUUCCUGAAGACUGGCAGAUAAUGUUUGUGAUCAUCUUUGGUGCUCUGUGCUACUUCAUGUUCUUCUUGGCCAAGUAUUUUGCGCGUCAGGGCAGUAAGACGCUGACGAAAAGAGAGAAGAAGAAAAUGGCUGAGUACAGUGAUUACAUCCAGGAUAUCGUCAAAUCCAAGAAGCGGAAUCUGUAUGAGGAGUAUCUUCGCCAGUGUGCUGCGGAGUAUGAUUUCUGAAGGAAAGCCUGCAUGACAGCCGUCCGUCACAUCGUUGGAAUAAUUCAUAUAAAGCACAUCCACGUGUUAAACAAUGAUGUAGUUUCAUAUUUACAACAAAUCGGUGCCUUUUGGUUAAAUGUGAAUAGUGUU